GAAUAGAAAAUAAAAACACAGCUGGCUCAGCUGUUUUGUUCUGCUUUUCACCUUAACUUCACUUCAUACAAAAUAAUCCAUUUUCCCUUUCUUUCUUUUGUUGAAUUCAAUUCUUCUACCUGUCAAUCUCUCUGUACUGAAAAAGAAUCACAUAAUAACAAACAACAUUAACCUUCUUCUUUUCAUUUCAUUCUCUCUCUGCAACAACCACACUUCUCAGCUUCGCUGCUUAUCUUUAUUUCCAGAGAGACCCACCUUUUCAUUUCGGAAUUGGAUAUUGAUAGCUUUUAGUUUCUGUUGAGCUUCUUAAAUAUAUGUCUUGUUUUUGAAUUGGGGUUUUAUAAGAAGCUUUGAGUUGUGAAGAUGGUGGAGAUUGGAGAAUUUUGAGUUUUUGCUUUUCAGAGAGUUAGUUGUUCAGUGGAAUUGUAAGCUCAUCUCAUGACGCGACGUUGCUAUGAGAUACAUGUAGAAGCAAGAUGAUUGAGCAAUUCAUCAAUUUCGUUAUUAGGCCGCCGAGGGCGGACUAUAACCCGGAUCAGUAUCUGUGGGAAAAGGAAUUCUCCCUCGCUGGUAGAACGUACCAAAGGCAGGAUUUGGAGCUCAAGAAUGCCAGAGGCUAUACCUUGAAGUGUAGUCAUUAUCUCCCUUCUCCGUUUCCUGAAGAUACUUCUCUUCCUUGUGUUGUAUAUUGCCAUGGAAACAGUGGAUGUAGGGCAGAUGCGAAUGAAGCUGCUGUAAUUCUUCUUCCAUCAAAUAUUACUGUUUUUACCCUUGACUUCUCAGGGUCUGGUUUAUCUGAUGGAGACUAUGUUAGCCUUGGUUGGCAUGAAAAAGAUGAUCUGAAGAUUGUGGUGUCGUAUUUGAGGAGCAACAAGCAAAUAUCCCGUAUAGGUUUAUGGGGGCGAUCAAUGGGCGCAGUUACUAGCCUUCUUUAUGGAGCUGAAGACCCUUCAAUUGCUGGAAUGGUAUUGGAUAGCGCCUUUUCUAACUUAUAUAAUCUCAUGAUGGAGCUCGUGGAUGUUUAUAAAAUUCGACUUCCAAAGUUCACUGUAAAAAUGGCUGUACAAUACAUGCGCCGGGUUAUUGAGAAGAAGGCAAAGUUUGAUAUUAUGAAACUGAACUGUGUUCUGGUUGCACCGAAGACAUUCAUUCCUGUUUUAUUUGGACAUGCAAGUGAUGACAAAUUCAUUCAGCCACACCACUCUGAUCUCAUCUCUGAGUCGUACGCGGGUGAUAAAAAUAUCAUAAAAUUUGAUGGUGACCACAACUCCUCUCGACCACAAUUCUUUUACGAUUCAGUUUCCAUUUUCUUCUACAAUGUCCUCCGCCCUCCUCAAGUUUCCAUUGCUGAAAAGCUCGAGAAAUAUUAUGAUUUGGGUGAUUUGAAACUCGGUUCCGGUGUGGAUGAGAGCGUAUUAUACGAGAUUCUCUCUAGUCUGCGGUCUGCAACUACUGAUGCUGCAAGUUCAUCUUCUGCAUUUCCAACAAUAUCUGCAACAAAAUCAGUUACGGAACUUCUUUCAGAAGCAGCUCCACUGGCUGAUGCAGAGCCUUUGUUUGAAGAUGACACUACAGAUAAAAAUGAUGGAAUUGGCCACGAUGAAGCCGCAAAUGUGCAGGGUAAGCUAAAUGGGCAGAUUGAAGAUUGUUGCUCAUAUACAAGCUCAACUAGAGAAAGCUGGGGAAGAUGUUCUUCUUUAGGAGGCAGUGAUCAAGAAUCUUUUCCAGAUUUAAGUGCUGAUGAUAAACACUCUCAGAAUACGGUGAAGGUGUUUGCGACACCUUUACGAAACAUGAAAGAGAAGUCAUCUGAUCCAAAAGAAGAUGAAAAGACGCACAAGAAGAAUAAAAAGAAGAAGAAUAAAAGCGAAACGGUUGGGAAGAAACCGAAGAGUGACAGAUUUGAGAAGCUGGAGGCUCUCAGUAGACGCCUGCGGCUUUGCCUUCUAAAGGGGUCAAUCCAUCGAAGAAACAAGUCAACUUGACCUCUUUUGUAUCAUAUCAUAAUCAUCAAAUGGUAGAUCUAAUUGUUAACAAUAUCAAAUUUGUGUGUAGGUUGUGGCUAGUGUAGUAGUAGAUUUUAGUUUUAUUUUAGGAAUUGACGAAUAUUGGUUUCUGGUUGGCUUUGUUUUCACUGCUAUGAUUGUUGACUAUGAAUGUGACUGACUCAUUUUAGGAA